GAAACAAAAGAAACUUUUGUUCUCUUUGUAUAUAUAUUUCCACAUUUGUCCUCCUCAACUCCAAAACCAAACCUAACUGAAACCGUCAAACCGAAGUACGGGACCCGGCAAGAGAGAAAAAUUAAAAAAAAAAAAAAAAAAAAAAAAAAUGGUAUCGGACUUGGAACUUAUCGAGCGACUCCAAGAGUUCCUACGAAAUUCGGACCUUAAUACCACCACCACAGGUAUAGUGCGCAGACAAUUGGAGGAAGAUUUCGCAGUGGAUUUAUCGGAUAGGAAAGUGUUUAUUAGAGAGCAGGUGGAUUUAUUUCUUCAAAGCCAAUUUGAGAACGCACAAGACGACUGUGAAAAUGAAGAAGAACAUGAUGAUGAGGAGGAUGAUCAGACGGCUAAAGUUAAGUCAGAGGGAAGCGGCGCUUCUGAUGAGGAAGAGGCGGAAGAUGAUGAUGAAGCGAGUAACCGAAAGGGUCCGGCAAAAAGACGGUCUAACAAGCUUAAUAAUGAGGUCAAGAAAAGAGGGGGCGGUUUUAGCAAAUUGUGUAGUCUUUCUCCCCAACUUCAGGAAUUUUUGGGGGUGCCUGAACUUGCCAGAACAGAGGUUGUCAAGCAAACGUGGGCCUACAUUAGAGAAAAAGAUUUGCAAGACCCGAGUAAUAGGCGAAAUAUUAUUUGUGAUGAAAGACUGCGUGCCCUUUUUGGUGUCGAUACAAUCAACAUGUUUCAAAUGAAUAAGGCCCUAUCUAAGCACAUUUGGCCCUUGGAUUCAGAUGACGUUGUUCAGCCCAAGUCGACACCAAAGGAAAAGCAACGGAAGCAAGAGAGAGAAGAAGAUUUAGAUGAACCAACAAGAAAGGAAAAGCGACAGAAGGGAGGAAAAUCAGGUUUUCUUGCUCCUCUUCAACUUUCAGAUGCUCUAGUUAAGUUCCUUGGUACUGGAGAAAGUUCAUUAUCAAGGUCUGAUGUUAUAAAGAGAAUGUGGGAUUACAUAAAACAAAAUAACCUCCAGGAUCCGUCUGACAAGAGGACAAUAUUAUGCGAUGAGAAGCUGAAAGAACUUUUUGAUGUGGACUCUUUCCAUGGCUUCACCGUAACCAAACUUUUAGCAGUUCAUUUCGUGAAGAGUUAGCAGUGAGUUACUCCUAUGUUCUCCUUGUUCAUCUCAAGAGAAAUGGGAGUUUUGAACUUUUUGUUUUUCGUUUCUUUAACUUAUUUUUGUCUUUUCAAGUUCCAGCGACAGGGCUAUUAGAAAAUCUAAAAUUCAAUUUAUUUUUUUACCCUUGCGUUUCAUGUUAUAUUUUACCUGUGUUUUA